ACUAUUUCAAAAUAUACGCUACUGAUCUCUUAACAAUAGUAUUAUUUAGCAAGUGUUCUAGAAAAUUGUCGAAUUCUUCACUUAGUUCAAAAUAGUUAAAAAUUCAAUUCGGUCGAAACGUUGAGUUUAUCCCCAUAUUCUAAUCUAUGGAGGGAGGAGGAAAACUAAACAGGGAACCAUCAGACAACUCUCUGGCUUCAUUCUGUCAAAAUGAUAUUACGGAAUCCCUUAUAACUCAGCCAAUCCCUAUUAAUAUUCGGAUUGCUCAAGAUAUACAGGAGUUUCUAUGCCAAGGUUCUAAAUCUUUCAAGUGUUCUCUGUGUACUCGAACAUUCAGGCGUCGUGAUAAAAUCAAAAGACAUUUGAUUGAAUGUCAUUACGGGAUAAAAGACUAUGAGUGUUCAUUGUGUUUUAAAAAAUUUGCUCGUAAUGAACAUUACAACCGACAUAUGAAUGAUGUUCAUAGUCUCACCAAAGGCUAUCAUUGCCGUCUGUGUAAUCGAAGAUUUAAACGAGAUUCAGAGUUUUGUCAUCACUUAAAAACUGCUCAUCAUGAACAAUCUGGAUUGUUUGCAUCCGGUUCAGUUUUAUUAUUCAAUGAAUCCAAAGCUACAACCAAUCAUAAUAAUGAUCAUUCAACUAGUAAUCAUCUUUCAGAUAUUUGGUCAAAUAAUUAUGAACAGAAACAACCAUUGCAAAUUGAUCAAGUGGAUUCGAACUCAAUCAAUGUUGCUGGACCAGGUUUAUAUGUUGAAGUAGAGUUUAAUGCAAAUAAAAACGAAGAUGGGGAAAAUCCUAAACCUUUUGAAUGCACAUUGUGCGGAAGAUCAUUUAAGCGACAGGAUAAGUUAAGACGACAUUAUCAGGAAGUUCAUGAUGGUAUCAGAGAAGAGCAUCAGUGUCCUGCAUGUGAAAAAAAGUUUCAUCGCAAAUAUAAAUUAAAUCGCCAUAUUUCUGAGGUUCAUCGAGCUGGGAAGCCAUUUUUAUGUCCAUACUGUCGUCGUGAGUUUGCAAGGGAAUGGUCUUAUCACCAACAUCUACAAAAAUAUCAUAAUGAUUGUGUGAAUUCUGCACCAGUAACUUGCAUAGAAAAUCUCGAGGGAUAAUACUGGAUUUAUUCCUUCCAUUCAGUAUUCUGUGUACAUAUUCCUAUAUUAGCCUUAUAUAUUUGUUUUAAUGGUCUAAAUACUCCUGUAAAUUAAAGUCUUAAUCAUUGUUCUGUCACCUUAAACACGUUUUUCGACUUCUGUCAUUCUCAGUGUGCUGAGUAACUGACUUGGCUUCUUGCCCUUAUUAACCUUGCUACAUGUUGUCUAAAAUCAUGUCAUUUUAAUGAAUGGAAUUUGCGGGUAAUAUACUUAUCCUCAAAAAAUGUUCAUGCAUACUUUACGGAAAUUUUUGUUCUCAGAAUAUUGAAGCAGAUUCAAGUUUGACACUUUUUGUGUCAAAAUGUCUUUCCAAUGACUUAAUACAAAUUGACAGGAAUAGGAAUUUAUGUACAAGUUUGGAAUUAUUUGUGAUUUUAACGUCAAAUGAGACACCUCGGUUUUAAUGUUUUAAUCAUUUUCGGGGAAGUAUCAAGACAUUUAUCUCUAAAAGUAAUACAGUUUGUGUGUGAAAGACAAUAUUAAAUUCCGGAAAAUGAGCACACUAUACCAGAAUGUGAAUAGUGUCUUUCAAAGAAUUUAGUUUGGUAUAUCACGUGUUAUGAUUCAAGCUCCCAGUUUUAAUGUAUUACGAAAAUUCAGCAGAUAAAUGUUGUGGCAGGUGAGUUGACAAAGGACCUUUACCUUGAAAUAUCUCACUCAUUAGCUAGAUACCUUUAUUUCUGUAAUAAGUGUACACAUAUCAUUGGAAAUGUCAAAGCAUAGACUCCUGUUAAAUUCAUUAUAUCCCCUCAACAACAUCUAAGGUCCUCAGCUAGUUUUCCCCUUUAUUCAUUCUUUUCAGAAUUCACAUGUUUAACAGCAUUAUUUUUAGUUCAAAGUACAUGAUUAACUUUACUGAAGUUUAGGCUUCCUGGGUACUAGAAUAAUAUUCUUUCUCUAAAGUCUGAA